CAAUUUUGUUUCCCACUUAUAGUUGCACCAAAUUCGGGGACCAGGACUGAUGGAGGACAUAACCGACGAAGUCAAGGAAUGGUUUCUGCUCUGGUACAACGAGCUAGGAUUUUUCGACGCUUAUCCUUCGGCCCUAGCAGGAGGCAGUAUCCUAAUAGCAACAGGGCAGACCCGCACCCCGGAGGAAUAUCACAUGGAACAGAUGAGAAAGGCGGAAGAAGCAAAGAAGGGAAAGGGAAAAGCUGCGGCUGCAGCCAAGGCGACGCCGAAAGUCAAGCAACGCGGCGAUAAAGUGGAGGAGCCGAAUACCCUCAAAGGCCUGAGGGAGGCGAACGACAACUUCCUCGCAAAUUGGAGCCUCCGGGAUGAAACCGGGAACCCCCAUCAGCGUGAAUACCUUGACCUCAUUACCGACAAACUGUCCUACGAACUCCAGCUCGAGAUAAGGGAAGUCGUCGACGAACUCAUGCGCCUCGAACUCGCCACCCUUGAAGCCGCCCGCGCGAAGGACGAGGCCGAAAGCGACGGGGGCGCGAAGGGACAAAAAGAUCAGAAACAUAACAAAGGGACGAACAAUAAAAAGAAAACCAAAGACAAGGCGAAGGGCACGGGUAAAGCGGGCAAGAAAAAGGAACAGGGACCGGCUCCAACGAUUGAGGAACUCUUCACCGAGCUGGUGAACACCGGGAUAAUCCGCGAAUAUCCGGAUGUUAAGAUGAGCGAUUGGAAGGGCGACGUGUCCUACCAGAACACGGAGGCUCGUAGGGAAUUCAGAGAGCCCAGAAACUGUCUGGGCGACGUGGUCCAGCCGAUAAUGGAGUACUGCGUGCUCCCGGUUGGCUCGAAGGAGAUACACCAGGUCGCUCCUUUAGUCCGCUCCGUUUCUAUAGUCGGACUUCCCCGCUCGGGCAAGUCUUUUCUGGUAAACGCGAUUUGCAAUGAAAUCGGCGCCCUGCUUUUCGACCUUUCCCCGAAAACGGUCGCGCAGAGCUACCGGACGAAAAAGGACCUGGAGAGGCUCGUCGGUUCCAUCAACAAGGUUGCUCGCGCCUAUGCGCCCUCUCUCCUCUUCGUCGACGCCGGACACCAGCCGUGGUGGAAGAAAGUACCCCCCGAGGAAAAGCAAAAUAAUCCGAAACUUCUCGCUGGCCCGUUGACCAAACUCGUCAAGGGAAUCCGCCCCGGGGAUCAAAUCCUAUUUCUCACGACAACGGACCAACCGCAAAAAGCCGGAAAAGGGUUCAUGAAGCUCCACGACAAGUUCAUCCUCAUACCGCUCCCCGAUUACAACACGUUGUACCUCAUCUACAAAGAGUUGCUGAUGCGGUAUCACGGGGUGGACAGAAACUUUGACUGCUCGAGUCUAGCCAGCUUCUCGGUCGGACUUCCGCUGGAGGAAAUUCGCAAUGCGGUAGAGAACGUCCUGACCGUCGAGCGCCGAAUUAGCCUGAAGAAGCGAACCCUUCAGCCCCAGGAGAUCAUACAGUAUCUGAUCUCCAACCGGGUUCAGACUGGGACGAAGGAGUACGAGCAGUUGCUUAAAUGGGAGAAGAAAACUCCCCUCGGUAAGCGACAUUCGAAAGUUGAAGCCGAGGAGAGGGUAGCUCUUGGCGGCAAGAAGAUGCAGAAGGUGCAGGAGAGGCAAAAGUAGACAUUCGCAUUAUUCAAUCGGUGUAAGAACUUGACGGCCGGGUUCGUGAAGAAAUGGAAGCCGCGACACCGCGGGGGAAAAAGCGGAAUUCUUUUCGUCCCGAAGAUGCUCUCGGCGACUUUUUUCAUUAUACCCAUACAGCGGAAGGAACUGUCGCGGUUUCGUCGGUCCGACUGAACGGCAUAUGCACGCAACACGUAAAAGUAUGUGUGUAUGUGCGUACAUCCGUACCGUCAUACGCUACUGCGGUCGCUACACCUACGCACGUUGCACCUACGCGCGUUGCUUCACCUACGCAUUACACCGAGGGAGAGCGGUGGAUGGGGGAAAAUUUUCAACAGGAAACGAAAAUGGAACACGGAUUAUCGCUAGGAGCGAAAUGAUAAUCACACGCAAUUAGUCGUUUACCCGGAUUUUAAAAAUCCACCCGGUUCCUGCAGAGCAAUGCGCAGGACCGAGUGACGACUCGCUGCAGCGCUUACCUAA